AUGCUGCGCCUGGGCCCCGCGCGGCUGUUCCGCCUUGCCCGCCUGGCUCCGCUCCGCGCCCCGCUGCGGCCGUGCGGGGCGGCGGCGACGGGCCACGGCACGGAGCAGGAGCGCUUCGUCUUCCUCGAGUACGAGCGGGACCCGGCUGAGAGGGCGCCGCGCCAGGAGUGGGAGCUGAAGCCGCGGCGGGAGCGGCGGGCGCGGCGCGCAGUGGCAGUGGCGAUGCCGAGCCUGUCGGACCCGUCGGUGCCGCCGAGCGGCGUGAGCUGCUCGGGCUGCGGGGCCGAGCUGCAAUGCGGGGACGGCGGCGCGCCGGGCUUCGUGCCGGCCGAGAGGUACCGCAACCUGCUGUGCGAGGGCCCCGCGGCACUGCGCGGCGCCGUGUGCCGGCGGUGCUGGGCGCUGGCGCACGGCGGCGGCGCCCCGGGGCUGCAGCUGCCGCCCGCCGAGCACCGCCGCGUGCUGAGCAACGCCCUGCGCCGCCCGCGGCGCCACGGCCGCGGGCCGCUGCUGCUGUACGUCCUCGACGUGACGGAGCUGCCCGAUCCCGUGCUGCCGCAGCUGCCGGCGCUGCUGAGCCCCGAUGUGCCCGCCGCCGGCGUGCUGGUGGUGGGCAACAAAGUGGACCUGCUGCCCGCAGACCGCCGCGGGCACCUGGGGCGGCUGCGGCAGCGGGUGGCGGCGGCCUGUGCCCGGGCCGGGCUGCGGGGAGCCGCGCUGGUGGACAUCCGCCUGGUCAGCGCCAAGACCGGCUACGGCAUGGAGGGGCUGGUCAGCCGGCUGCAGCGCUCCUGGAAGUGCGCCGGCGAUGUCUACCUGCUGGGCGCCACCAACUCGGGCAAGUCCACGCUCUUCAACACCCUGCUGCGCUCCGACUACUGCAAGUCCCGCGCCCCCGACAUCAUCGACAGGGCCACCGUGUCCUCGUGGCCAGGAACAACACUGAACCUAUUGAAAUUUCCAAUUAUUAACCCUACGUGUGACAGGAUAUUCCGAAGGCAGGAGAGGCUAAAAGAAGAGGCAGCAAAAACAGAAGAUCAGCUAAGCAGUGAAGAAAAAAAGUACCUUAAUCAACUUAAAAAGCAAGGUUACCUAGUGGGAAGAGUUGGAAGAACAUUUAAACAGCAGAAGUCUAGCGCUGAGAUUGACUUCGACCCUGACAAGCUCUCUUACAGCUUGGAUGAAGAUCCUAGAGAUGAAGAUCCUAGCGAUCCCCCUAAGAGGUUUGAGGAGAGGGAAGAGUUCAUUCACAAUGAAGUGAAGGAUGCUCGGUGGUGUUUUGACACUCCAGGAAUUGUAAAGGAAGACUGUGUUUUGAAUCUCCUAACAGAGAAGGAAGUAAAACUGGUUUUGCCAUCACAUGCCAUUGUUCCACGGACUUUUAUUCUCAAGCCAGGAAUGGUCUUGUUUUUAGCAGCCUUGGGACGUAUAGACUACUUAGAGGGAGAAAAGCCUGCCUGGUUUUCUGUCUUGGCUUCUAACCUGUUGCCAGUCCAUGUUACUACACUGGGUAAUGCAGACACUGUCUAUGAGAAGCAUGCAGCCCAAGAAUUCCUAAAGGUUCCCAUGGGUGGGGAAGAGAGAAUGAAAGAGUUUCCCCCACUUGUCCCUCAGGACAUUUCACUGAAAGGAAUUGGUACAAAUGAGGCAGUUGCAGAUAUCAAGCUUUCCUCUGCAGGCUGGGUGGCAGUGACGGCUCACGCAGAAGAGGAAUUGCUGCUCCGAGCCUACACUCCCAAGGGCACUGCAUUGGUGGUGCGGGAGCCUCCCCUUCUGCCUUACAUCAGUGCCAUCAGAGGGGCCCGGAUCCCAGGCACUCCUGCCUACAGGACCAAAAAGCCUCCUUCCUUUGUGGAAAACCUAGGAACCACUGGAAGCAGAUAGCGCUUCUCAUCAUCCAAGCAAGGCAGAAGACAGAACAGCCCCUGGACAACCUGGUGACUUACUGGUAUUCAGAAAAUGUUGGACUCCUUUUGAAAGGCCAGCGGGCACAUUUUGAAAGGAAAGCAGGGCUAGGAGGGAGCUCCACAAGUCCACAUUUGAUCCAACUGCUGAACUGCAGCCAUUAUGAAGUGAGGGGCUGGGACCUUGCUGUUUGAGGGUAAACAGCUUCUCCCUGGGAUCUGCAACGAUGGGCAGAUCCCUUUACCUGUCCCCUCUUGAAAUACAGGGUGGAACUCACCUGCCUGACCUGGUCUGACUGCUGCUUAUGGAGUAGGUGGUUUCUUGAAGGUAUGCUCCCUUAUGUCAAAAAUCAUCACCUUGUUUUUAAGGUGUUUCCAUAGUUAAAGGGGGUAGAGGGAGUUGGAAGGAGCAGGGAAUGCUCCAGUGUGGGUAUAACCCUUCUAGUGGCUGAUACUGAUGCAACAACAUCAACCAGAAGUUGUGUCCUUUCUCUCCUUCAGCAUCUGGAGUGGAUUAGGGUGGACAGUAUCCUGCUUUUGGACACAGGAAAAGUGAUUUAAUAAAAGGCAGGUCUGCUCAUGUGUCUGAAGAGGAAAGUUUUGCAAUUCACUGCUUUGAUUUGGUUUCUCUAGCUUGGGUACAGGUUUUUGAAACCAAGCAUAUAUCUUCUCAAAGACAAUCUUUUGUUGACCUAGUUGACAAAGCUCUUUGUGUGGGCAUGAGCUUCUUGCUAAACACAUGAAUGGUCCAGUGCAAUAAUAAAUGUGCUCAAUCUGCAAAAGACAGGCAGACUGUGAGAGACACAUGACCAGUCAGUCUGCUGAAAGAGGCAAAAAAAGAGUAUCUUCUAAUCUCCCUACCAUUUCACUGAUGUUUUCUCAGUCAGUCCAUUGGUCCCAGGGGCAGCUCUGUGGUCCUUGGCUGUUGUCCCAAAGAAGCCUGGACGAUGAGCAGAAAUCCUCAGCUCAUUCAGCAUCCUCUUCUCACCAUUGUUGCCUGUGGGAUGUAUUGGCAUUGCUUGAGUGAAACCUGUCCCUUAGCCCUGCUCUUUGUUUCCUCCCAUUUUCAGCCCAGACCCACCAUGUGGGUCUGUCUGCAGCCUCUGCUCAGGGCCACUCUCUUCCUCUGUGUGAGGCUGCUGGGGCCUCCUGUGGAGCCAUGUGCUGUCCUCUGCCACUUCUUCACCUCUUCCUUGCCCUGCACUGCCGCCUCCUUCCCUGCUCCCUCCAGGGGCCAGUGAGAUGGGGUGGGCCAGGCGGGGCCAUGGCAUCUUUGAGAAGCGCUGGGUGCCGUGGGGUUUGAAGUUCAGCACUGUCCUGUGGGACUUCCCUGUCCUUGCUGGCAGCUGCCCAGUUCUCCCUGUGUAGAAAAUCAGUUGUUCUUUAUGAAGGUUAAUCUGCCAUUGAAUCCAGGGAAUGUGGUUCACAUGUGUUCCGUCUGUGUCUAGACUAGAGUUCUUCCUGUACAUUAGACAAAAUAUGUGCACUCUCACCUUGAUUUCUCAGGAAAUCUUUUCUGGUUCUUUCUAGAAGGAAAAAAAACUAUGGCAGCAUGUUCCUCACUGCUCAGGCUGUGACUCACACAGCGCUCCUGUUUCUCUGUUUCUCUGUUGUGAAAACCAGCACGUGUAGCCACUCCUAGGGUGUGCUUGGCAAGCAUCAGAGCACAGCAGCAAGAUCCAAAAUGUGUUUUUCUAGCAUAGGUAUAUAGAACUGUAGCUGUCUUCCUGGCUAGAUUUCUUUGUGCUCUUGGCAGGCCUCACAUUUGGCUGCAAAAGUUACUGAAGGAGUUGCCAGCAAGACUGGUGUGAGGAUUAUCUGCUGUAGCUGUGCUAAUCUUCACAGUGCUGUGAUUUUCAAUUUCCCCUUCACAAAGGGAAAAAACACCAGCUUUUUAAUGUUUAAGAACAAGAUUCUAGAAGCAUUUUUUUUUUGAGAGAUUUUUUUUUUAAUUACUUUUGUGAUGAUGGAAGAGAAAGUGCCACAUUUUUCUCAACUGUUAUAACACACACAGCAAACCAACCCCUGUACAAAUUCUGCCCAUUCUUUUUGAGCAGGCCAUGGAUUUAUCAAGUAUUUUCCUUGACUUGCUCAUAGCUAAAUGGGAGAACCAUGUUGCUUUGUGUAUUUCUUCAAGACUGGGUAUCUUGAACAUUUUUUAGCUGGCAAGAGGCUAAACAACUAAUUUAUGUGUGUAGAAACAGCAUGAACAACUCAUGUUGUUCAGUUUAUGUCUUAAGCAAGAAUACUGAGAGGAAUGCAAAAGAAUGCUGAGACAGGGACCUUUGCAUCCUGAACAAAUGCAACAAUCCAAACUUCUUCCUGGAUGAUUUACAUCAGAUGGUGGUGAGAGAGAAAGAGUAUCAAGAUCUGCCAGAGCUUCCAACUUUAUAUUACAACCCAAAACCAGGUGAAGGUAUUGAAAGAUACCAAAGUGACAUUGGUAUCCCUUUUCAUCCUUGGCUGUAUGACAGGUGUGUGGAUGAUGUGCAUCAUGAGAAGGGGCUGGUAGACAGCACUUCCCCUGUGCAUGUCAGGUGUGAAAGGCACUGUAGCUUUUGGAGGCAAAAGCCACUACAAUGUUCUUGUGAGGGUGAUGCAGUUCUGCAGUUGCAUGAAUUCAGAGCUGUACUUACAGGCCACAAAAAAAUCCAUUACUCCCGCCUGUCUAGCUUCCAGCUGAAAAGUAGCUUUGGUACAGAUUUCCAUAAAAACAUCCAUUGCUUAGCAUAAUAGUCAUGGGCUGCAGAGGUGAAUUCCCUUAACUCUGCCUUUUUGCUUUGUAAAGUUCUCACAUAUUUGGUGGCUUUAGUUCUUUAGGAGCACUGCCUGGGGUGGUGUCACUCCAUUCCCAAUAUGAAACACACUGUAAUUUGCACAUACUGUUCCUCAAACUUUAAAGAAUAAAAGUUUGGAUUUGUUUCCAUCAGUGAAGUGUCAGGAAAAAGAAAGGUAAAAGGAUGAAAAACUUCAUACACUAAAAAAGUGAAGAAAAGGGAAAAAGCUGGAGCAAAUGGGAGAAAAACAUAAGCAGCAGAAACUGCCUAAAAGAUGACUGCAUUUAGAGACAAGGUUUAAACUUCGUGGUCUUAUGGGCAAAUCUCACCACAGGAACAUUUCUAAAUUAGGGUCUGGACUUUGGGUUCCACAGAGCUUAAAACAGUUCUAGAAUGGGGUACAAUUGGCAAGUGUUAUGGAAAUGGAGGGAAACAUAAAUAGCUACAGUUUGUCCUCACAAAGCUGUCAGAAAUCUGUCCACAGAGAUCAAAUAUCGUGUCUGUGUAAUCUAAUGUAUGCUCCGCAACCAAAACCACAGAAGAAAAUAUACUACAUUUGUUUUUAGGGUACACCUGAACUCAUCAAGCAGUUCUUGAGGUCUGAAAUAAUACCUUUAUACAUUUACACAUUUGCAAAUUGAAAAUAAAAACAUAACUACAAAAUUAGUCUUGAUCUUUUGCUGUGCAUGGUAGAUCGUACUGCAUUUAGUCUGAAAUUAAUAAACAGAUACAUAGUCACAUGCAUUUUGGAAUUUUAAAUUAAGCUAUCUACAGUUAUAAAAGAUUUUAUUCUACACCUCUAGAACAUUUGAUGUGGCUUUGGUUUAUUUGUCUAUAAGAUGAGAAACCACUUUUACAGUACAUUCUAUAUUUGCAAAACAAGCACAUUUAAUUUUAGAAAAACAGUGAAGUGAGGGAAGCCUGAAUUUUUUAAAAAAAGUCAAGGCAAGCAAAGUUAUAGGUUAGAAACAGAUCCUUGAGCUUCUAAAUGUCAGAUUUGCCAAGACCUUAAUAAAAUCUUGCAAAUACAAAAUAUGUUGUAAACAUUAACAAUAGGACAAGAAAACAAUAUAUCAAAUACACAUGCAAAAGUUCUGAGAAUUUGCUGAACCUUUUGUAGUUACGACAAGCAGAGGAAAUAUGGGAAGAGAGAAAAGAAGAAAAAAGUGUAAAAACAUGGUAUCCAACAGAGGGAGGUUAACCUCACUGACAUGCUGUUCAUACUUCAUUACUCUGCAAGGUGAGGGGACACAUAUGUAGAGAACUUUGGGCAUAUUACUCAUUUUUGUCCAAAGAAUAAGGAAAAUUUAGAGAAGUAUAUGAAAUUCCUCCCAAUAUGUAUAGGAAGCAUAUCACAGAGCAUGCAUGCAUCUAAGUCUUUCAAAUUAGUGCCUUAAAGGACAUCUUUUUCUCGAUGUGAAGUAACUGGGAAAUGCAGUAAAUAUCUUUCACUAGAACCUUCCAGGCAAUGAACUGACACAGGGAUUCACUGGGCAAAAUUUAAGGUUUAUCUAUACUGAUAAUCCUGCAGAUUUUAAGGUUAGAGAUUUUUGGCUAAAACUGUAGUGGACAGGUCAACGCUUUUAAAUUUGAGUGUCCAAUCUUUAUGAAUCCAGCAAGAAUUUUGGAAACGUUCAUUUGACAUCCAUGUUCCAACACACUCGCUUGUCACUGGGCUUUGUGCACUCUGGGCUCCCUCCAUGGAACUCUAGGACUUGUGGUUACAUCUGUGUAGUAGCUCCCUGGAAUUCUUCUGUGAUAAUACAUGAUUCAACCUUUUUAAAAGAGCCUGUGACACUUUGAAAUGCUGUUGGUAGUCAGUACUGCUGAGUAUGGAAGUUAUAAAAAGGAAUUGAGUGUGUUUCAGGAUCGCUGGCAUCCAUACGGACAAGCACCUUGGGAUGAGUGAGGGAAAUGGCAGACUGCCACUUGGUUCAUUGCAGGCAGUGUUUGAGAAGCAGGAACUGGCCAAUUAAGCCAGUUCACAUUAAAUUUCUUCAGGCUGCUCAGUUAUUUAAAUGCAAUACUGGUGGGAUACAUCCUGAGGAUGACCAACAGUGAUGUCCAAACCUCACAGUAAGUAAAGCUUCUGAGGCAAAGAAGGGAAUGAACUGUAUGCUGUUUAUGAAAAAGUAUGCAAUUGAUUCAUUUAAUAUCUUACAGUAAAUCAAUAGGGGCUCUUGUGGGAUGAAACCCUCAGCAAAUUAACAACGUGUAGUGACCUUGACAAAUGAAAACCCUGAGAGCUGGGCUAAGAAUACAGAGCCAUUGAGAAAGCAGUGAGGUUACUAAGAAAUGGCAUUUAUUAGCCUAACUCCACAAGGACUAAUUCUCCUCUCCCCAUUCCUAAGCCUACAAAAAAAGGAAAAUGAAAGACAAAGGGUGUCAGGAGGAGGUUGAUGGCUGUCAGUGUCCUUUGAAAGAGGGACAUGUAGAGGGGCAUUCUUAAGAAAGACACCAAAACUACAGUAAGCCUAGAAAUAACCAGAAAUAAAAUUGCUGAUAUUUCCCAACAAUGCAGGUCAAAACAUGGUUCCUGUUUGAACCAUUCAGAGACUUAGGUUAGGCUUACGAUACUUGAUUCUGAAAAGACAGCCUUUCAGUCAAGUUUUGAUUGAGGGGACUCUGUGGAAUCACUGCAGAAUGCACUGUGCUUGUCUGGCUAAUGGAGCGUGAGAGAGGUGAAGCUGAUGGUGGUCAAGGGAGCAACACACUAGAAAUUAAAGGAACUGGCUCAAGUGGAAAUGAACACCACUGAGAGUGAGCACAGAACUGUUGUACUCGAAGUUAUCCUUGUGUACAGAUAAUUUCACUGUCAAACCGAAGAUCAUUAAACAUGCCUAACUCUUAGAUAACUAAAUUGAGGUUAAAGCUGUCAUUUAUGCUAAGCAAAGAGAAAUUAUAGCAAAACAACAAACAAACAAAACCUAAGCAAGCCCUUCAUCAUAUUUUGGGCAGCCUCACUGAAAUUCAAGGUCAACCAAUGCACUAGGAUGAAAGUAACCACAUGUAUAAAUUCUUAGAAUGCUACUUUUAAGGGAAAGUAUGCAUUAGGUUCAACUAGUUAUGGAAAAAACAUUUUGUUGCCUGUGACUAUAAUUUUUGAAAAUUAUAUUAUUUUAAGUGUUAACAUGUUUAUAUUGAACUACAUUAUGAACAUACAUUGGUAAAUGGAUGCUUGCAUCAUUCUAUUUCCAGUCUUGGGUUAGGACUAAUGUACAUGACAAAAUCUAAGUGUUAGGAAAGUGACAUCGUUCCAUUUUCUGCCAACAGGUCAGCUUUUGAAAAAGUGUAAGGAGUAAUACAUAUGCUUCUGAUAUUCAACAAUCUGUCAAAAAAGGUUUAUGUUGUUUUGAGUUCUCCUGAAAUUGCAUCACAUUAACAUCAAGCCUCAAAAACAUUUGUUGUGCUGGUAAGAAGAUGAAAACUAUAUGGAAAUGGAUAUAGGUUUAAAAGGAAGGAAACCCUUCUCUUUUAUUGCUUUUAAUCUUCUAACUUCAAUUAAACUGAUUUCUAAGAGAGAUGCCAGAGGCUGCCUGAAGGAAAUACAUUUUCUGUUGACAACA